AUGGCGAAGCUCUCGGUGGUGCUCUCUGUUCUCUGGCUCUUGAGGAAGAAGGAGAAACAGGGGAAGGGAAAGAGGUGGCGGCGGCGAGAGGGGAAGAGGGAAACCCUAGGAGUUGCUACGGGGUUGAGGUACAAGCCAACAAGUGGAAGGAAUGUUGUUGUUGAAACUGUUGCUCAACUCAUGGAUCCUAAGGUGAUGGAGGAAGGGGCCGUGGUCGAGGCUGAGGAGGCCGUGGACCAUCUCCACAAGGGGACCUCCUCAAGAGCAAUGCAUGCAAUGUGUGAAAACCAAAAGAGAUUUUCGGAGGACCCACAGCUACGUCUAACGGAAGCUGAGAAAAAAAUUGUGGAUGGAGAGAAGUUGCGCAAAAAGCUACAUAACACUGUACUUGAUCUUAAAGGAAAUAUUCGUGUUUUCUGCCGAAUACGACCUUUAAUCUCAAAUGAAUCACUAGCCUUUUAUUUUGAUGGAGCAAAUGAUGGAGACAUUGGGAUUAUGAAUGGAGGAACAACAAAAAAGACAUUCAAGUUUGACCGAGUCUACACCCCAAAGGAUGGAACAACUGAGGUUUACGCCGAUGCAUCUCCACUAGUCACAUUAGUGCUAGAUGGAUACAAUGUGUGCAUCUUUGCAUACAGACAAACAGGAACUGGGAAGACCUUCGCCAUGGAAGGGACUGAAAGGAACAGAGAAGUAAACUAUAGAACUCUGGAGGAGUUGUUCAAGAUUGCCGAGGAGAGAAAAGACACUGUCACAUACAACAUAUCAGUUAGUGUGCUUGAGGUGUACAAUGAACAAAUCAGAGACCUCCUUGCAACAUCCCCUUCAUGUCAGAAGUUGGAGAUCAAACAAGCAGGUGAAGGAUCCCAUCAUGUGCCCGGCAUAGUUGAGGCCAAAGUUGAGGACAUAAAUGAAGUUUGGGAUGUCUUACAAACUGGAAGCAAUUCAAGGGCUACAGGGUCAAACAAUGUGAAUGAACACAGCAGUCGCUCACACUGCAUACUUUGUAUCAUGGUUAGAGCAAAGAACCUGAUAAAUGGGGUUUGUACAACAAGUAAGCUCUGGUUGGUAGAUCUUGUUGGAAGCGAGCAGUUAGCCAAGACAUACGCGCAAGGUGAUCGGCUCAAGGAAGCACAAAAUAUCAACAUGUCGCUUUCUUCUUUAGGCGAUGUCAUUUAUGCUCUUGCUUCCAGAAGCAGCCACAUUCCUUACAGGAAUUCCAAAUUGACGCAUUUGCUCCAAGACUCUUUAGGCGAUUCGAAAGUCGUAAUGUUUGUGCAAAUUAGCCCAUCCGACAACGACGCGUCGGAAACCUUGAGUUUGUUGAACUUUGCUAGCCAUGUCCGUGGUAUAGAACUGGGCCCAGCAAAGAAGCAGGUCGACACAGCCGAGCUUCAAAAGGUCAAACAGAUGCUUGAAAGGUCUAAGCAGGAAGCCAAGCUGAAUGAGGAAUCUUUGAGAAAGCUGGAAGAGAAGUGUCAAAAUUUAGAGAAUAAAGCCAAGGGAAAAGAGCAGCUUUACAAAAACUUGGAAGACAAGGACAGCCGCGUCCACGAUGGAUGCGGCAAAGACGGCUGCGCACCGUACGAGGGAGCCUACAUGGAACUUGGGUAG